AUGGCCACUACGACUGCUACUGCUACCGCCACUACGACUGCCACAGCGGACAUGCCGCCGAACCACACGCUGUACGUGAACAACCUGAACGACAAGAUCAAGGCCGACCGCAAGAAGGCCACGCUCUACGCGACGCUGUCGCAGCACGGCAAGAUCCUCGAGAUCGUCAUGGGCCGCGCACGGCGGCUACGGGGCCAAGCGUGGGUCACGUUCGACGACAUUGCGAGCGCGUCCAAUGCACUACGUGCGACGAACGGGGCGAUGCUCUUUGAGAAGCCCGCGGUGAUCGCCUUUGCCAAGGACAAGGCCGACGUCAUUGCCCGGCGCGAGGGCACGUUCGUCCCGCGCGAGAAGCGGCCGCGCGAAGCCCCAGCGGCGCAAGCGCCGGUCGCGAAGAAGCCGACGGACGCCAAAGCGGUGGCAACAGGAGCGGGGGCAAGCGCUGCUGGUGCAACUGCAGCGGGUGGGAGCGGCUCGUCGUCGGUGCUGCUGCCGCCGCCACCGCCGUCGCAGAACGUCCCGAACAAGAUUUUGUUUCUACAGGAGCUGCUCGAGGUGUGCACGCAGGAGAUGCUGAGCGUGCUGUUUAAACAGUACCAGGGCUUUACGGAGGUGCGUAUGGUACCAGGCAAAAAGGGACUGGCGUUCGUCGAGUUUGGCGACGAGGCGCAGGCGGCCAUUGCGCUGCAAGGACUGUUCGGCUUCAAGCUCACGCCCACAGAUACACUCAGGGUCUCGUUUGCCAAGAGAUAG